AUUUUCUUGAUAUGCGUUUGCGUAUUAUGGAAAAUGAAUGCGUUUGUACGAUUUGUAAUAAACCUAAUUGCGAUCUUAAAAUAGAGCCAGGGACAGCUGAGGUAUAUAUAUAUAUAUAUAUAUAUAUAUAUAUAUAUAUAUAUGUAUGUGUGUAUUGAGAAGGUGAAUACGUUAUGUCAAACACAUGCGCAUAUACUCUAGAACAAACAUGCGGUUGAUGUGCUGUUUUACGGAAGGUUAGGUCGUUUUAGAAGGUGCCAGGUCCAAUCUUGUAUAUAGCGUGACAGGCUGCACGAUUCCCGUGGGCCCUGUUAUGAGAAAAUAGGAAAAUUUUGUUUGGUCGCAGAAAAGGUGUUUUAAACAGACUCAGCAAAAGUUUGUGUGUGCCGGUACAGCUUAUAGUUUUGAAUAAUUCAUGCAAUUAAACUAACCCGUCAUUAGGCUUCUGAAAUAUACCAAAUUCCCUCUUCCGUGAAGAAUGAAUUUUAAAAAAAUUACUAUUAAUAUUGGAAUUACACAAAAACCCAUGAAUGACUUCGGAUUUUAUGUUUUAUAUCUCCGCAUACUCGCAGGGUUUAUUAUAUGUGUUUGCAACCUUAUUACGAUCUCGGUAAAACAUUGGCAUGAGGCGUAGAAGAGGACGACGACUUCAACGCAACAGGUAUUCCGGGGGAUCCAUGUCUGUACCGGUGACCAAGUUUUCCUUGCGAAUGUACGGCAGUCAAAAGGCGGUCGAGCAGGAACAAAAACGACAGGAGAGCGCUGGUUCAUUCGUCAUACAUCCGUACUCAAACUUCAGGUUCUAUUGGGAUUUCUUUACCUUAAUUCUGCUGCUUAUUAGUAUGAUUAUUAUCCCGGUGGCAAUCACGUUCUUUAACGACGAGAUGCGAACGGAUUCCGGGUGGAUUGCGUUUAACCUUUGCCUGGAUUUCUGGUUUUUAAGUGAUAUUAUAAUGAACUUCCAUACUGGUAUUAUUGUGGAAUAUGGAGACGGAGACGUCGUUUUAGAUCUGCCCACAAUUAGAAGCCGUUACCUUCGAUCCUGGUUCGUUAUCGAUCUCAUUUCGACGCUGCCCGUCGAUUACCUGCUACAGUUAACUAGCGGAUCGUCAGCCAGUGCAAGCGCAUCCAGAGCGAUGAAACUUGUUCGGUUUGCGAAGAUCAUUAGCUUGCUACGGUUGCUAAGAAUUUCACGUUUAAUUAGAUACGUGCACCAAUGGGAACAUAUCGUGGGUAUGCAGUACGACUUAGCAGUCGCAGCUGUGCGGAUUUUCAACCUUGUAUGCUUAAUGUUGCUGAUCGGUCAUUGGAAUGGGUGUCUCCAGUUCCUGAUACCAAUGCUUCAUAAUUAUCCUGCUGAUUCCUGGAUCGUUAUCGACAAGUUAGUGGGAAAGCCAUGGGCCGAGCAAUACUCGUGGAGCAUGUUCAAAGCAAUGUCACACAUGUUGUGUAUAGGGUACGGCCAACAACCACCCAAGAACUUGAUGGAUUUGUGGAUGACGAUGCUCUCAAUGGUUUCUGGUGCUGUAUGUUUCGCCAUGUUCAUUGGUCAUGCCACGGCAUUAAUACAGUCUAUGGAUUCAUCCAAGCGACAAUACAAGGAAAAGUACAUGCAAGUGAAGGAAUACAUGCGGUUCAGAAGGCUUCCGAAAACGUUGCGGUCAAAGGUGUAUGAAUAUUACGAAAACCGGUUCCAAGGCAAAAUGUUCGACGAGAACGGAAUACUCAGUGAACUCUCAACUAAUUUACGAGAGGAAGUUGUUAACUUUAACUGUCGCCAUCUAGUAGCUUCAGUUCCAUUCUUUAGCAACGCGGAAUCCGAUUUUGUAACCGAAGUCGUUCAGAAGCUCAAGUACGAGGUGUUUCAACCGAAAGAUGUGAUUGUCAGAGAAGGCGAGAUCGGAAAGAAGAUGUAUUUCAUUCAACAUGGUCUUGUGGAAGUGAAGAACAGCCAUAGAUCUGAACCAAUUAAACAAUUAUCAGAUGGAUCCUACUUUGGGGAAAUAUGUCUGCUGAUAAAUGAUAGAAGAGUCGCAUCUGUUGAAGCUGUUAGCUACUGUUCCACCUACUCCCUGCACGUCAAUGAUUUUAAUUAUUUGCUGAGCGAACAUCCAGUUAUGAGGAAAACACUAGAAAGAGUUGCAGCCGCUCGCCUUUCCAGUUUAGGUCGCCACAACCCAGUAUUGGAGGAAAAAGUAAAAGAAUCGACCAACGGCUACUCGAAGUCAAACGAAAUCGCCGAAGAGAUCGUGCGCCAUGACACACAACUUCUAACCGAAAAAGCGGCUUAUCUUGGUUCAAGCUGCAAUAGACUCAACUUUCGGGAAAGAACUUCGAGCAAUGCUAGUUGUAACAGGCUUAGCGUGCGAGAACGAGCAUCUCAUUGCAAUGAAUCCCCUUCACGCAGGAUAAAAACAAGUGUGUCUUUGGGAACUGACAUGUCUCACUUUGCGUCCGGAUUAUUCCCAAGCUCCAGCAAGAGGCAGAGACAUAGAACGGCCAACAAAGAAGAAGAAAUCACUGAUAUAGAAAUGACGAACGAUAUCGAAAAGUGCGAUGACAUUUUAGAAGUAACUUGCAAAGAACCGGAAUCGCCAAGAUCAAAAUCUCCACGGCCGUUUCGAAAACCGAAGUUUCUGCAAAAUUUGACCUUGCAGAGGUCAAAGUUGUACGAAAGUACAAUAAAGGGCAAAGACAGCGUGAUAGAAUCGUUCCUCAACAAUGUUACGAGGCCCAGAAGCAAGCAGCAGUGUCUCUCAUCUAACGGUUGCUCUUCCCCGCAUAUUUCAACCGCUAGACGAAGUGCUGCGACCGAGGAAAGAAGUUUUGUCGAGCCGACCAUCACAAUUGUGAAUGUCGAACAGUCAAACGAUGAAAAUGACAACUGCGACGCAAACGGCACAAGUCAUAAUAAGAAAAUUGUUUUGUCAAAAGCCGAUGUACAAUGCACUGACCCCCUGAACAACGUAUUAAAAUUACCUGAUUUAAAUAACACACCCAAACAAAGCGACAACAAAACUUGCUUGUUGGGAGAACGCUGCCCAAAAGAUAUUGAAUCAAGAUGCGAACAUAUGAUCGAUGAAAUUAUCUAGUUAAACGCUAUUUUCAUUCCUUUUCGGCAUGUGUAUCGCAGUUAGUGUAUAUCGUUAGUCACUAUACAGUGAGCGAUUUGGUGGUAAUAUAUGAUUGAUUACACUGUGUACACAACA